AACAAAUUCAAAGUUUAAAUAUUGAGGUUACGCUCAAGAUCUGUUGAUUUUUUAGAGAAUCUAUUGUAAAAUGGAGAGCGAGUCUAGCAAUAGGUUUUUGGUGAGCAAUUGGGAGGAAGAUUUGGAGGAUUACGAUGUUGAGACGAAUCCCCAUGAAACUGUGGAGAAGGAGAUUCUGUGGGCUGCGGAGGAGGGAAAGCUGGAGAAAUUGAAGGAGCUACUGAAAGCCCACCCGAACUUGGUGCAUUACAAGGAUAAGGAUGGAUACACGCCUCUGCACAGAGCCUGCUAUGCUAAUCAUUUGGAAAUUGUCGAUUACUUGUUGAAAAUGGGUGCGGACAUUGGGGCCAAGACUGAGAUGCUCUGGGAACCGUUGCAUUCAGCUUGCCAAUGGAACCAUAAGGAAAUUGUGGUUAAAUUGCUGCAGCACGGCGCUGACGUCAAUGCACUCAGUCAAGGGAAACAAACCCCAUUGCAUAUAGCCGCUUCUCAUGGGUCUUGCUAUGAUACUGUGCAAGUGCUGUUGAUGCAUCCGUACAUCAAGCCAGAGCUUCAGAAUAAUUCCAAUGAAACAGCUUAUGAUAUUGCAAGGAGGAGUUCCAAGUAUUACAAUAUUUUUCUAAUGGCUGAUCCACUGAUUGAAGCAAUCCCAUAAAAUUUUGAUUUGAACAUAUCAUUUGUGUCUUACUUAUAAAUUAAUAAA